AUGCUUUCUGCAGCAGGUGGCUAUGACCUUGCAACCACUACGCGUGUGAAGACCGCUUGUAAGAAGUUGAAGGAGCUGCUACCAGUCCCGACAUCAUGCCACCUGUCAAACAAGACCUGUGGUCGAGUGUAUAGCACUUGUGUACGGAGAACUAUGCUCCAUGCCAGCGAGACCUGGGCACUGACCAAGCCAAAUCUUCAUCGCCUACAGCACAAUGACAGGGUCAUGAAAAGACAGAUCUACAACACCAAGCCUGAAGAUAUGGCCUCUAUAGGUUCAAUCGAAUUGCUGGGGCGGCUUGGUCUCAGUGACCUCAACCUCAUCUUAAGGGAAAGGAGACUCCGCUGGUAUGGCCACGUCAUCAGAUCCAGCAGUGCAGUCAAGUGUGCUCUCAAUAUACAAGUUCCUGGUAAGCGUAGAGUUGGUUGGCCAAUGCUAUCAUGGAGAGAGCUGACGGAGAAAGAUCGAAGAGAAUAG